AUGCCGUCGAAUGUUGAGAUCACCAUUCCUACAGCCACUCUCACGGGAGAUUAUACCACGUACAACAUAACCGUUAGGCUGCCUCUUCGAUCCCUCGUCGUCCAGAAACGUUACUCCGAGUUCUCGACCUUCCACGACGAUCUUGUCCACCAAGUCGGCGCUCAACCUCCUGUACCACUGCCGAAGAAGUCAUGGUUCCAUAACACAAACUCAAAUGAGAAGCUGAGGGAAGAACGGCGGGAAGGCCUGGAGAAAUACCUACAAGCAAUCAACAGUGCAGAAGACCAGCGAUGGCGGAACACGAGUGUGUGGCGGUCGUUCUUGAAUUUGCCGGUACAAGCAUCUGCGGGAGAUAAUACGUCGUCUGCAAGGUUACAUAAAGCAGUUACUAGCCCCGGUGGUCUGGGAUCAGCUCCCAUAACCGAUCCAGUGUUGUGGCUGGAUUGCCAUCGCGAACUGAAAUCUCAUUUACACGACGCGCGACUGCAUCUGACGAGAAGAGACCAGGCUACGACUCCACAAAAACAACAUGAAAGCUCUGCACAUGCCAAGUCGAGUUUGUCCAAGGCCGGAUCAAUGAUUAUAGCACUUGAAGAAGGGUUGAAGAAUCCUGGAAACGAUAACUGGGCUGGUAGUGGCCUUGGCGAGGGCGAAAUCAGACGGCGGAAGGAUCUUCUUGCGAGCGCAAAGAAGGAAAAGGAUGGACUGGAGAAUUUGCAUAAUGCGAUGCUGCAGAAGAGUAAAUUGGAUACGGCCGUAGCCUCAAUACAAGAUAAGGACAAGCUCAUGAGCAGCGCAAAGCCUCGCCCAGGCGGUCGGGUUCUUGGAAAGGAAACGGAUAAGACGCGCGAAUUGGAUAACCAGGGAGUCCUACAACUUCAGAAACAGACUAUUGAUUCUCAAGAUAAGAGUGUCGAAGAACUGCUCAAGAUUGUCUCUCGACAGAAAGAGUUGGGCAUUGCUAUAAACAAUGAGUUGGAGGUUCAGAACCAGCUUCUGACUAUGGCAGAUGAAGAUGUUGACCGGCUGCAAAACAAACUCGAUGUUGGAAACAAACGUGUGGGCAAGAUAUCAUAA